GGAAGAUGGAGGGAGGGGACAAGUAGUACCACUUUAUCCUCUUUUCUUCCUCGAUUUGAGUUUUCAUUUUCACCGCUCCCACUGCUCUGCUGCUUCUCUUCUGCACCACUUUCCACCGCUUCUUUUCUUCAUUCUUCUUAUUACUUUUACUUAAAUACAUCUACAUAUAUCUUCAUCUUCAUCUUCAUCUUCAUCCUCACCGCCUAAUUACCUAAGGUUUCUCCACUAUCUCUUCUUCCAUUCUGUCCCUCCUCCGAUCUUCUCUCCAUCUUAUAUCUUUCUUUCUUUCUGCACUGUUAGUGUUACUUCCAUUUUCAAUUCGUUGUUCUUCACUUCACUUCGCUUCACUUUCACUUAAUUUUUAUUUUGCUUUUGCCAUACUUCCUUCCUUCAUUCAUCCAGUCCAGACAGACCUCCCCAAGAAAAAGAAAUAGUAGUAAAAGAAAGUAGGUAGCUAGGGUUUCUAUUCAAAUUCAACCACUAGCUUCAAAUCACUCUCUCUCUCUCUCUCUCCAUAUAUAUCCACCGCCGUCUGUUUUGAAUCUUUUGGCUGAUGAGUUGGUGGUGUGUCGUGGAAGAUUAAUUAUUAAUUCAAUUCAAUUGGAACCAUACAGUACAUACUGUAUGUAUGUAUGUAUAUAUAUAUGUAAAGAAGCAUUCAACGCUUAGUAGGUGAGCAAUUAUUAAUUGUUGACGUCCAAUUCAAUCACACCUUCCAGAGAUUGGAUUCAACCCAACACUAGAUAUGUCCUUCCCCCCCCUCUCUCUCUCUCUCUCUCUCUCUCUCUCUAGAAUAGAUCUGCUCUUCUUGUCAGAAUUUUAAGUACACAAAAUCCUUCCAUCUCAUUAAUUUCUUCCACCAUAUUCUUUAAUUUUAGGUGCUUCUUCCUUCCAAUCCAUUCCAUUCCAUUCGAUUCCAUAUUUAAUCAAUUAGGGGCAGGUGGGGAUUUCGAUCGAUCUAAGAUAUCAUCAUCAAUGGCGGGUUACGACCAUCAUCAGGCCUCCGGCGGGCCUUCUCGCUACGUCCACCAGCUUCUCACCCCCGACCUCCAUUUGCAGCACCGCCCUUCUGAAAUCGCCGAUUCCCCUCCGGAGAAGGGAUCCGAAUCCGCCGGAAACACCAGCUCCGGCGGAACCCCCGCCACCAAUCGCCGCCCUCGCGGCCGCCCUCCGGGAUCCAAGAACAAGCCCAAGCCCCCCAUCCUCGUCACACGUGACAGCCCCAAUGCCUUGCGCUCCCACGUGCUGGAAGUCUCCUCCGGCAGCGACGUCGUCGAGAGCGUCUCCGUCUACGCGCGGCGGCGGGGGAGGGGCGUCUGCGUUCUCUCCGGCAGCGGCAUGGUCACCAACGUCACCAUCCGCCAGCCGGCGGCGCCGUCCGGGAGCGUCGUCACGCUGCAGGGCCGGUUCGAGAUCCUCUCCCUUUCCGGUACCGUCCUCCCUCCGCCUGCGCCGCCGGGCGCCGGAGGACUGUCGAUAUUCCUUUCCGGCGGCCAGGGCCAGGUCGUCGGCGGGAGCGUCGUCGGACCCCUUGCAGCCUCCGGUCCGGUGGUUCUGAUGGCUGCGUCGUUUGCAAAUGCAGUUUUCGAAAGAUUACCCCUCGAGGAAGAAGAAAGCGGCGGCGCUGCCGCUACGGCGGCUCAGCCCCAACCGAGUGCUUCCCAGUCUUCUGGCGUCACAGCCGGCGGCGGUCGAGGCGGUCAUGUAAGCGAAGGCGGCGGCGGCGGCGGAGGUGAUGGAAGUGGCCCCGACGGUAGCGGCUCUACUUUUUUCAAUUCAGGCGGCGCCGCCGCCGGUGGAGGGACUACUGCACCGGGAGCAGGGAAUUAUCCAUUCUCGACCGAUUUAUUCGGGUGGGGCAGUGGCAGUUCUGCAAGGCCGCCAUUUUAGCAACAGCUGUUCAUUUAAUUUUAUGUGGGAUUUCAUCGUCUCCCCCAAAUUAAAAGACUGCAACAAAACUGGGAAAGUUAAGUUGCAGAUUCUAAUUUUGGGAGACAUUGAGAAGAAGAUGAUGAUGAUGAAGACGAUGAUGGUAUAAAACACAGUUCUUGAAUUUUCUUGAAGCUGAAAUUCGAUUCUUGAAUGGAAUGAUCAAUUGCUGCAAAAAAACUUAAG